CAUCGAGCAUGGUUGGAGAAAAUUGGCCAUUUUGAUGAGCCAAGGGUUAGGCUUGAUUAAUAUUUGUCACUUUGGAGAAGCUAGUCCAUUCCAUUUCUGUCACGUUAGAUACAAUUACAAUAUGUUAUAUAUUAAUUAUGACUGUUCCAACAUUUAGCAUUAUUACAAUCUAAGGAAACUUGUAACUAGCGACAAUUCGGUUCACCAACCCGUUUGUUCGCCAACUGUUUGUUUCGUUUUUGUUGGUCAUUUUUUUCUGAAUUCAUUCUCACAGUUGAAUCCCCAGUCAAACAAAACCUUUAAACUGGCAACUGGUGGAGGCACAGUUCAUAAUUCUCUCAUACAUAUAUGCAUACCAUCUGUUCCCUUUAAUUGUGGGGUCACCCUUACUCCAAGCGCCAACCAACCGUAAUUCUUUCAUUCAUCCACACUACGUAUUACUUAAACAAUGUCAUACUGUGAAUCGCCCAAACUCACCAACCACGACCACUCUCUGAACUCUCAGCUUCUCACUUUCUCUCUUUAUUCCCUCACAUUGUAGAUUGGUUUGCUUCAUUUUGAUGGCUCUUAAGACUGUAUCCAUCGGGGCUUGUUCCAAACCUCCUCCUCAAUUGGGUGCUGCCAAUUCUCUGAUUGGGAAUCUAAGAUAUGAUUUUGACAAAUGCCGCAGAUGGGAAUGUUGUUGUUUGGGAGUUUUACCUCAGAAAGCUACCACUGCUGUUGAAGAUGAGAGGCCCAGGGUUGUCCCCCCUUCAGUUCACCCUUCUGGUGCUGCUGAUGGCCUUCUCCAAAAUGAGUCAAAGGGGUUUCACAAGGACAUAAACCUCCUUCCUAAGCCAUUAACCCUAACUGACAUUUCCUCUUCUCAAAAGGAUGGAUCAAUGGUGCGCGUGGCUUAUCAGGGAAUUCCAGGGGCGUAUAGUGAGGAUGCAGCUUUGAAAGCGUAUCCAAAAUGUGAGACUGUGCCAUGUGACAAUUUUGAAGCUGCAUUUAAGGCAGUUGAAUUGUGGUUAGUGGAUAAAGCUGUUCUACCCAUUGAAAAUUCUGUUGGUGGAAGCAUCCACCGCAAUUAUGACUUACUCCUUCGCCAUAGGCUGCACAUUGUUGGGGAGGUGCAGAUGCGUGUUAACCACUGCCUUUUGGGAUUGCAUGGUGUGAAAAAGGAGGAGCUCAAAGCUGUUGUCAGUCAUCCCCAGGCUUUAGCUCAAUGUGAGAUACUCCUUAGCGAUUUAGGUGUUCUCAAGAUUGGUGCACGUGAUACUGCUACUGCUGCUGAGACAGUGGCCUCAAAAUGUGCAAGAGAUAUUGGAGCUAUUGCAAGUUCCCGAGCUGGAAAAGUGUAUGGGCUUGACAUUCUUGCAGAAAGAAUUCAGGAUGAAGAUGAGAAUAUUACUCGUUUCUUGAUCCUUGCAAGGGAGCCUAGAAUUCCAGGAACUGACAGGCCCUAUAAGACUAGCAUUGUUUUCAGUCUAAAAGAAGGUCCUGGUGUACUGUUCAAAGCCUUGGCAGUUUUUGCUAUGAGAAAUAUUAAUUUGUCAAAGAUAGAGAGUCGUCCACUGAAGCAGCGCCCGGUAAGGGUUGUGAAUGAUUUAAAUGAAGGGACUGCUAAGUACUUUGACUACCUUUUCUACAUUGAUAUUGAAGCUUCUAUGGCAGAACCUCGUGCACAAAAUGCUUUAGGACAGUUGCAGGAAUUUGCUAGAUUUCUUCGAAUUCUUGGUUGUUAUGCUAUAGAUACAGAACUAUAAAGUGUUAGUGCCUUAACUAGGAGCAACAGUCAAUGCUGUUCAUUUUGCUGAUAACAUAAGCAGCUACUACCAGAUGUUCAUCUUCAAUCAGUAACAUGGGGAGAAAGUAUCCUUUAAAUGCAUUGCCCCACUCACCUCUUUCAAAAUUCUUUUCAUCUCCUAAGGAGGUGCUGUGGAGUAUCAUCAUAGUUUUGACAGCGACGUGAAUGCUGCUACGGGCAUCGUCAUUGUGUAAUUUCUUUCUCUUAGAUUUUAGACCCUUUAUAAUAAAAGGAAUUGCGAUGCAAACUUAAUGACCAAGGUAUAUAAAUAACGACUCUAUUGAAUUAUAGCAAAUAUAUGAGUGGCUUGCCACCAAAAAUUUUCUUCCA